AUGGACGACAAGUACGCCCAAGAAGAGCCUCGCUUCCUGAGCUUUCCACAUUUGCCGGAAGAUGCCUCAAGGGACGGCAAACCCGCACUGAACAAGUACUCGACUACCCUUACCAAAGGACAUGAUUUCCCUGGUGCUCAGGCAAUGUUAUAUGCUGCAGGUGUGCCAGACAAGCAGACGAUGGAGACGGCUCCUCAUAUUGGAAUUGCAUCGGUAUGGUGGGAAGGAAAUCCCUGCAACAUGCACCUGCUCGACCUGGGAAGGGAAGUGAAGAAGGCCAUAGUUAACCAGGGGAUGCUUGGCUGGCAGUAUAAUACUAUUGGUGUAUCGGAUGCCAUUACCAUGGGAGGGGAAGGCAUGAGAUUCUCUCUCCAAACUCGUGAAAUCAUCGCCGACAGCAUAGAAACUGUGACCUGUGCUCAAUUCCAUGACGCCUGCAUCACCAUUCCAGGCUGUGACAAGAACAUGCCAGGCUGUGUUAUGGCCAUGGCAAGACAUAAUCGACCUUCGCUGAUGAUCUAUGGCGGCUCUAUUGACAAAGGCUAUUCAACCCUUCUCCGGAAGCCAAUCAACGUUGCAACCUGCUACGAAGCAUUUGGUGCCUACACAUAUGAUACUCUCAAGCAGCCUCAGGAUGGAGGAGAUACGAGCAAGAACAAGGACGAGAUCAUGGAUGACAUUGUACGCCAUGCUUGUCCUGGUGCUGGGGCCUGUGGCGGGAUGUAUACCGCCAAUACCAUGGCUUCUGCCAUUGAGACUAUGGGUCUUACACUUCCAGGGUCCUCGUCAACACCUGCAACGUCUCCAGCCAAGAUGCGUGAAUGUAUGAAAGCAGCCGACACGAUCAGAUUAUGCAUGGAAAGAAACAUAAAGCCUUUGCAGCUGUUGACAAGACGAUCUUUUGAAAACGCCAUGGUCAUCACCAUGGCGCUGGGUGGGAGUACGAAUGCAGUCCUUCACUUCCUUGCCAUGGCGGUCACCGCGCACGUCGAUCUGACAUUGGAUGAUUUCCAGCGAGUCAGUAACAAAAUACCGUUUAUUGCUGAUCUCCAUCCCUCGGGAAAAUACUACAUGGCGGACUUGUACGAGGUGGGAGGUGUACCCGCCGUGCAGAAACUCCUUAUUGCGGCAGGUCUGCUAGAUGGUGAUAUCCCGACUGUCACUGGCAGAACGCUGGCUGAAAACGUUGCUUCAUUCCCCUCAUUGCAGCAAGAUCAAGUCAUCAUCCGUCCUUUAAGCAAUCCAAUAAAGGGUACAGGACAUAUCCAGAUUCUGAAAGGAAAUCUUGCCCCAAUGGGAGCUGUGGCCAAAAUCACGGGAAAAGAAGGCCUUAGCUUCACCGGCAAGGCUAUGGUUUUCAAUAAAGAACACGAAUUAAACACGGCCCUCAACGAAAGCAGAAUACCUCGAGGUGAGAAUCUUGUUCUGGUUGUCCGAUAUGAGGGCCCGAAAGGCGGCCCGGGUAUGCCAGAACAACUCAAAGCAUCGGCAGCAAUUAUGGGUGCAAAGCUAACCAACAUCGCUCUUAUCACCGAUGGACGAUAUUCUGGUGCAAGCCACGGUUUCAUUGUAGGCCAUAUAUGUCCCGAAGCUGCUGUUGGAGGGCCUAUAGCAAUUGUCAGAGAUGGAGACAUCAUAACCAUCAGCGCUGAGACUAACGAGCUGAGCUUGAACAUUACCGACGAGAAGAUCCAGGAGAGGUUGACGGUAUGGACACCACCAAGAAGGCCAGCCACACGAGGUGUACUGGGGAAGUAUACAUAUCUGGUGGGCGAUGCAAGUCAUGGUGCGGUGACAGAUCUGUUUUAG